AUGUAACGAGCGGUGGUUAUUGGUUGGCAGCAGGAAGGUGACGCUUAUAGGGGCUGUAUCAGCCUGUAUGUAAUGACAAGCUCUUUCCCUAGCCUGCUUGUCUUCUUAAAAAUCGUACGAAAGCGAAAAUUAUCACUUUUUAACUCUUGCGUUUGAUUCAUGUAUUGGUUGAUUGGAUACCCGAUGGCAUGAAAUUUUGAGAAACUGUAAAGCGAGGCUCAAACGAGCAUGUGUACGGGUUCGGACCCGAGGCCGGAUGGGAGUCAGAACGGGUGGGGUAGGGCCCAGGGAAUGGUUCUGAAGACGCUGGCUUUGAUCGGCGGGGCACUUCUGAUAAGGCGGUUCACCAAGUCCACCACCCGUUGGGAUCACUCCCGGAUUGUGGCUCAGUCCCUCAGCGGGGAAAAGUUUUCUAAAGAGCAAGCUGCCAGAGACCCAGAUAGUUACUUCAAUUUGAGAUGGCUUUCGUGCUCAGCAGCUGACAUGGUAGAUGACUCAAAGGUUUUAUAUAUGGAGCAGGCAUUCCAGAGAACACCUCACAAGCCUUUUCGUCAGAGAUUCUUUAUGGUCAAACCUUGUCCGAAGGAGAUGAAAUGUGAUGUUGAGGUUAACACAUAUGCCAUCAGAGAUGCAGAGGAGUACAAAAACUUCUGCGAUCGCCCUAAGGACCAACGACCACAGCCUGAAGAAGUUAUUGGGGACAUUGCUGAACAUUUGACUACCAUUCAUCUUAGACGUUGUGAACGUGGAAAACGGUGCUUAUAUGAAGGAUCAACACCUGCUGAUGGAUUUCCUAAUACAUGGAAUGGCGCAUCGUAUUGCACGGCAGAGCUCGCACUGCUCAAGAACAAUGAGAUACAUUCUUGGGAUAGAGGCUAUGAUGAGAGUGGAAAUCAGGUCUGGGGUGUGAAGGAAGGACCAUAUGAAUUCAAACCAGCAGUAGCUUCUAACUCUGGUGACCUUUCUACUGUGAUGCUUCCCACUUCGGCCUCCAUUGAUAAAAGAAUAGAGGGUUCCUUUAUUCAUGAUUGAUUGAUAAUUUAUGUUGUUUUCUAUUGUUGUCAUGUAAAUUCGAACUCCUCUCAAUGUUUGUCAUUACAUAUUCCAUUUAAUUUCAACAAUUUCAAUUUUUUAUAUCAGUUUCAAAUGCAACAUUCUCACUUAGUUUUUUCUUGCAAUGUUCUAAAAAACUUUGUACCCUAUUCGUGAAGAUAAAUGGGGCCUUGUACAGUGUCA